AGUGGGUAUCUGAUGAUACAGGCAUGUAAUCCUGAGUUGCAGUUCAGGGCCUGUUAACAAACUUCUAAGAAUUACACUUAAGAAUGCACUUAAAUACCAAAUUAAGAUUUAAAAAAGUGUGUUCACUGAGUUUGAGCAAUAAGACACAAUUAUCACUUACGGCGAAGUGUAACAGUAUGAUUCAAGAGCAACUCUCAAGUGAUCAGAUGAUUGAUCAUAUUUAUGCUCAGAUCAAGGAAUAGCCAAUCAAGGUGUGACCCUAUAUCUGCCAUGUUGUACAUUCUUAAAAAAAACCUUACUUUAUUCAGUGCUUAUUCUGCUAGAGUAUAUCGUUGUAAUAUUUGAAAGAUGUUUUUAUAAUAUUGAAUAGGAUUUAAGAUUUAAUUCCAUGGACAGUGAAUGCUUUUAAUUUCUACAUGGGAAACGAUCUAAUCUAACUGUAAAUUAAAUCUGUGUAAGAUUUGUCAGUUUUUUCACACCCCUGAUAAAUGUCAAAAAAGAGAUAGUGGGGUAACAUCGUCUCAAAUGCUCAAUGACAGGAAUUUUACUUUUAUCUUUGACCAAAAAUUUUUGACAAUUUUACAUUUAGCAGUUUGAUAAAUAUGGGCCCCACAAUCAUUACGAUAAUUACAAUUUUAUAACGUUUCCGCUGCCAGUAUAGGUUGCCAAAUCUUUAAAUAGAUCUUGAAUUAUAUCCCCUUUUAAAACCGUGACUGAUCUGUUCAAGGGGGACACAGCUGUUCAUUUUUGAGCGGGGAUUUGGACUUCCAUUUCAUUGCUAAAACACUUACUGUAAUUUACUUACUAGCUUUUUAUAAACUUUUUUUAAGAUUCAUUUCGACAUGCACAAAUAUGUGUAAAGUUCCCCAAUAAACAAAGUACAGGGAACGAUGACAGAUUAAUUCAUAAAAAUGUGGACUGUAUAUGGUCAGACAUCCAAAAAUUUAGACUUAAAGUACUGGUUUUAGUUUUAAAUAGAUGAAUUUAGGUGUUAUGAAUCCACUGUUUUGUUUUUUUGUUUUUUAACGUUUUUAAACAACUUUAUUGAAAUAAUUAUAACGAGGGAAUGAUAGACAACGGACUUCCACGCGCCCUGGUUAUUGUCUCGACCUACGGCAGGUGGCAGCAUCACCGUUUACAGGUUCAGGUGAGGACCAACAGAGUCACUGUCAGGACCCGGCGCCAUGUUGGGUCGAAUCGACUGUUGCUAGGCGACCUCUGUAACGAAAUGACAGAGUUGCACCAGGCUGCAGCAGCAGGCGAUUUUGACCGAGUUGAGGAGAUUCUGAGGCAAAAUAAAUGCAAUCCCAACCAGAGGGACAUCGACUGGAGCUACAAGACACCUCUUCACUGGGCAGCAGCUAAAGGACAUACAGAAACGGUCAGGAUGCUCAUUGAGCACGGAGCUAGGCCCUGUCUGAGGACGGAGCACGGAUGGACUCCUGCCCACUUUGCUGCAGAGUCCGGUCGGCUGGCCGUGCUGCGGCUGCUGCAUUCUCUCCAUGCUCCAUUAGACGGGGAGGACUGCUGUGGAGACAAACCAGCCCGGAUAGCCGAAAUAUAUGGACACCAGGACUGUGUUCAGUUCCUUAAAAAAGCAGAGACUGAGUGCCAGGCCUACCGCAGGUUGGCAGCCCAAAAAGGGAUUUCAGUGGAUGACACAGACGAGGAGUGGGCAGAACAAGGAAUGGAAAAAUGAAGAAAACAGGAUCUCUACAAGCAACAUUCAGAUGUAGGCCGAACUCACCUUCACACAACAAAGUGCAAACAAGACUUACGUGUUUGUAGCCUUUCAGUUGUGAGUUUUGCAGUGGCUUUCCAUCACAAUGAAAAAUGUAAUGUAAUACGUAUGUAAAAUGUAUGUAAUAUACAGUAUUGCUUCAAUCACAUUUGACAUUGACAUGUAGUGUAAUAUAACACAACAAACAAAGACUACAGCUUUGGAAUUUUUCUUGUCAGAAAGAUAUGUACUAAACAUAUAAUGAAAUAUUAUACAGUGGAUUUACACUUGUAUCACAGGUAAUAAGACAAAAUAAACAACAAAACAAAACAUAAAAUAGUCACAUCAGAGAGUAUAUGUGGCCUACUUUGCUAUUAUCUGUGGUUCUAUGUGUAUAAUGUAGCAUGUUGUGAAUUAAGAGUACACAUGUUUGAGACGAUUUUCACUUCUUCCAUGUUGAUUCUAACUUUGUGGAGCUCUCGCUGAUGGAUGCUGGAGCCUGGAGAGAGAAGGAGAAGAAUGUGUAAAAUUAAUCAGUAGACAUUGUUGUGUUUUGCAUAGGAGUAAACCUAGUCAUAGUGCACUUACAUUUUUCUUGAGACGAUUCCGCAGCGCUUCACGGGUCUGUGAGAAUUGGAUUAAAUCAUUUUUAAUGAUUCUAUACUGCAUGUUUGUUGUUGAUA